AAUCAGGGCAAUUGAUAAGAAAAUCAAUAGCCAAUUCACUGUCACUUUUGCUAUAAAAAUAAGUUUUGCCAAGUUUCGCAGAUUAGUUAAAUCGUUUUUGUUAGAACAUUUGGAUUAUUUUGCACGAACAAAAUGAAAUUCGUUUUCACUUUGGCUAUCUUGGCUUUGGCCUUUGCCUGCGUAUUUGCUGUUGGCGAUGAAUGUGAUCCUGAUGGCAAUGGCAAACCUGUGUGCACUAGUGCCAAUGUUGGCCAGCCUUCCCGCAACUUCUGGGAUCCCACGGCCUACUGGUUGUGUGUUUCUGCCGGUGCUGAAGCUGAGUUGAGACGCUGCCCCAGUUCCAGCCUUUAUGAUUCGGCCACCCAAGCCUGUAUUCCAGCCAGUUCAUGGGUGUGGACCCCACCUUGCCCCGAGGAAUAAAACCGAGUUGUUGUUAAUUAAUAAAUUGAUGAGAGAAAAAUAACAUGA